AUGUGGUUGCGUGGGUCCGCCCAAGUCAGCUACAGCGCUUGGAUCAGCGUCUGCGCGAAGGGUGAACAGUGGCAGCAGGCGCUGGCGAUACUCAGCGAGAUGUGGGAGGCAAAGUUGGAGCAUGACAUCGUCAGCUACAGCGCUGGAGUCGGCGCGCGCGAAAAGGCGGGGCAGUGGCAGCGAUCUCUGGUGCUGCUCAGCGAGAUGUGGGAGCCGAAGGAUGACCCCGACGUCAUCAACACUGCAAGGCCAGACGGCGUGCGUGCCAGAAUGAUCCAUUUCAGCCCCAGUUAUCUACAUUGCUACAACCAGCGCGUGCGAGAAGGGUAG